UGUAUGCGAGUUCCCAAGGGAUUAAUAUAUGCGUUGUUAGGACCUUCCGGUUGUGGUAAAACCACUUUGUUAUCAUGUGUAGUGGGUUUGAAAAAAAUCCAAACUGGUAAAAUGUUUGUAUUGGGCCAUGAUAUCACCAAAAAAAAUGUAUCAAUGGCUAGAAAUAUUGGUUACAUGCCACAAGAGAAUUCAUUGUAUACAUUUUUUACAAUACGAGAAAUUUUUCAAUAUUUCGGCAUGAUACAUGGUUUAAGUAACGAGGAAAUUGAUGAGAAAUUUAAAUUUUAUACUAAUUUAUUAGACUUACCCAGUGCAAAUCAAUUUAUUCGGUCUUUAAGCGGUGGCGAAUAUCGACGUAUUUCAUUGGCGGUUACAUUAUUACAUAAACCAGAAAUAUUAAUUCUAGAUGAACCCACGGUCGGUGUUGAUACACUUUUACGAAAAACAAUUUGGGAUUAUUUAAAAUAUUUGACAACUAGUGAAAAUAUUUCAAUUAUUAUAACAACACAUUACAUCGAAGAAGCACGCCAAGCAGAUACUGUUGGAUUAAUGAGAUAUGGAUCUUUAUUAACCGAAGCAUCCCCGAAAGAUUUACUUUUAGCUUAUGAUUGUAACACGCUGGAAGAAGUUUUUCUAAAAUUAUGCUCUGAACAAAAUUACAUUAUGGAUAAACGAGACGACACCAAAUCGAAUAAUAACGAAAUUAUUAUUACGCGACGCUUGGAAUCAAAACAUCAGAUAAAACGAGAAGCUCCAUUUUGGGGAAAAUUUAAAGCAGCAUUAAUGAAGAAUUAUUAUUCGCAUAGAAGAAAUGCAUUAAGCUUAGGAAUUAUUUUUUUCGUUCCGAUUUUCCAAACAGUCUUAUUUUUCUUAUGUGUUGGAGUUCCAGCUAAAAAUUUAAAUCUAGCAGUUGUUAAUGAUGAAGUUCCUGAAUUAUAUUCAAAUAAUACUUGUCCAAUUUACAAAGGGUGUCUAUUUAAGUCGUUAAGUUGUCGACUUUUAGAUAAUCUUGAUCCAAUAAAAUUUAGGCAGGUGCCAUAUGCUAAUUUAGAUGCAGGGAAAAAUGCUGUAAAAGCGGGUAAAGCAUGGAGUGUAAUAUAUUUUCGAAGUAAUUUUUCGUCUGCAUUAUUCAAACGAUUAUUAGCACCAGAAAUGUCUAGUGAUGACGUAUUUGAAUUAUCAGAGAUUAGUAUUUGGGGCGAUAAUUCAGUUUCAGAAAAUGCUAUCGAAAUUGAAUUAAAAUUACGAUCGGGCACAAAACAGUUUUUAGAUGAUUUAAUGAUAGCUUGUAAACGAAAUCCCAAAAUUGCCGAUUUACCAAUGAAUGUCGAUAGCUUGUGGACUGACAUUGAUUCGUCAUCUCGACAAGUUUUUAUGUUACCAGCAAUGAUAAUGAGUGUUGUAUUUCUAUUAUCAGUUAUGCCAAUAUCGGGGAGUAUAAUAUGCGAAAGAAAUGAAGGACUUAUGCAAAGAUCUGUAAUUGCAGAAUUCUUACAAGGUAUAUGUGGUGUAGCUUUAGGAGUAUUUUUAUCACAAUUAUGUGAAAAAGAAUUCACCACAACAUUGGUAGCUAUGGGAAUUGGAUAUCCAGUGUUAUGCGUUAGUGGUAUUAUGUGGCCACUGGAAGGUAUACCAAUUCCAUUUCGUCAAGUCUGUCAAUGUUUACCAUUAACAUAUGGUAUACUGGCUCUACAAGGUGUAAUUGCAAAAGGUUGGGGCAUCGCGCAACCAGAAGUUCUGGUGGGGUUGGCAUCAUUGGGAAGUUGGAUUGCAUUCUUUUUAAUAACAGCCUGGAUAUGCUCUUAUUUUAAACGCCGUUAG